AUGGAGGGAAUGGACACGGACAAGGGUUUUCUCGCUGAGGACGGAAUCGCAACCAAGCAGGGGCGGCCGCCGGAGGAUGGGGCGGGGCAACCGCAACAGCGGCAUCGAACAUCCUUUCGAGACACGCUCAUGGGCGGGUCAGAGAAGGCUCCUCAGGUGGACCUGGAAGACCUAUGGAGCACUGGGAAGAUGAAAGUUGAUUAUGUGAAUGGUAAUAAACAAUUGCCCAUGCUUUACGUGGAUGAAUCUGUAAAGGACAAGAUGUGCUCGCGCUGGAAAGAUGCAUUAGUGGUUAGCCUCCUGGGAAAGAAACUAGGCUAUCGUCUUAUGAAAACUAAACUGUGUGCGCUAUGGAAGCUCUCCGCUGAUUUUGAACUCUUAGAUGUUGAUAAUGGAUUCUUUUUGGUUAAGUUUGACUUGGCUGAGGAUAGAAAGAAAGUGAUGGAGGGAGGUCCAUGGAUGAUAUUUGAUCACUAUCUUGCGGUGACGAUAUGGACGAGGGAGUUCAUUGCGCCUACGGCAACAGUUUCAACGACGUUGGUUUGGAUUAGAAUACCUGGAUUGAAUGCGACGUACUAUGACGCAAGCUUUCUUAUGUCGACGGCUAAACUUAUUGGCAAACCGGUGAGGGUCGAUAUGAAUACUCUGAAUGCGGAACGAGGUAAAUUUGCACGAAUUUGCGUUGAACUGGAUCUUACAAAACCUGUGUUGGGCAAGUUCUGGUUUGAAGGUAACUGGUUCAAGGUCGUGUAUGAGGGUCUACAUAUCAUAUGUGGUGGCUGUGGGUGUUAUGGUCAUCACACUCGUGACUGCUCUCGGCUAGCUCAAGCUUCAUCACCAAGCAUGCAGGUCACUCAAAACCUAGCAGAGCAGGAGCAAGGUGGGGCGCCGCCAAGCGUAUCCCAAACCCUAGGAGCCACGCAUCAGGUACCACCAGGAUUGGCAACUGCGGAAAUUCAGGAGGGAAUUUCGCAAACUGUGAUCUCUGGUGAAAAUAACAGGGAAGCAAUUAAUAAGGCUAUUAUUAUUGAGGAUCCCAAGAUUCUAGAUGCUGCUGGGGAUUGGCUAACUGUCAAAUAUAAAAAGAAAAAGAAUCAGAGCAAUGUUUCCAAUAAGUUUGGAGACGGGGCCCACAAGGGAUUUAAACCUCCCGUAGGUAAUUUCAAUAUGGGAAAAAUAGAAGGUGCUGGUAAUUCCAAAAAACGCAGGAAGAAUGAAGACGUCAGUACUAAGAAAGCUGGACGUGGACAGGGAGGAAGCUAUUCUUCGAGUUCUGGUAUGGUGCCCCCUGCGGGUAAGCCAGCCUUGAAAACUAGUGGGUGUGCACCGUCGACCACCGCGACUGCUGCUGGUGCGAGCGGUUCUGGAAUGGCAUCUCCGUCAGUUGCAGUAGCCAUUGGAACUCCUGAGUUUAUGAAAGAGCUCAGCCGCAUUGAGGGGAGCAGUUAUCAUGGGGGUUUAUUCCAAGGAAAACCUCCAGAUAAAUGUUGA